GGACAAGUGAGCGCUCUGGAGCCUGUCUUUAGUUUUGACGAACCUGUGGUCGCUGUUCUCACGUAGAAAGUGAAUAGGUGUAUCUUGAUCGCAGCCAACAUAACGUUGACUGCUGGUUUUUUCUCCUUUUACUACAGGUAAAACUGUGUAUGCCACAUACACGCAUCUUUAAACCAUGCGCAUGUUUGCACAGAAGGAAAGAAAUCUUACCAGAAGUGGUCCAGUGUAUGAGGCGACACACCGUCUCAACAUUACAGGCACAGAGGACUACAUUUCCAGCAGGCCUGUCGUACUAGGGGCACUGGAGCACAGAAGGCAUUCAGCUCCCCCUGCAAUUUUCAUCACUUCCCCGGAAGAGACGGAAAUUGCCAUGGCUAUGGACUCCUCCAGACACCGCACCAGGGCCUCCGAGGUCUACAACUCUUUCACGGACGAAGAACAUAAUUUGAGGUACCGUCAUCAGUACGACCCCUCGGUUGGGUACGUCGACGAUGGGCUGGAUGUCGUUGAAGAGAGCGACGAUGACGAUGGGUGGACUCCCGUUGGGGAGGUCACAUUCCGCAUGGAGAGGUCUCCAAAGAAGACCAAAGUACCAGGGAGCCCCAAGAUGCCUAGAAUCCCUCCGAUGGGUCUUCCAAGAAUGUCGCCUAAGAAGACGUCAGCAGCUAGUUCUCCCAAAGUUACGCCUAAGGAGAGAUCUCCCGCUGCUUCUCCCAAGAGAACAUUCAGAGAUAGGUCACCCUUCAGUUCUCCCAAGGGGUCACCCAAGAAGACUCUUACCAAGGCAAAAAUAGAAUCGCCCAAGAGACCAGUGACUGGAUCGAAGAAAAUUUUACCGGAAAUUGUUGAAUCCAAUGUGCUGCAAUACCGCCCAGUAUACCAAGCUCAAAUUCUCAGCAACGAAAAUUUAGUGCCUAAACCCUACGUCCCGAGGUACACAGGAAACAUCACUGCUCGUCCUUAUUAUAAGCCUCCGGUGGCUUCGCCGCGCACAAUCCUUCCACAGAAGGAGAAUGCCUUCGCUAUAUCAGACAUUGACAGUGAAGUAAGUAAACCAACAAAAGAAUCAAAAGACAAGAGAGGCAAAGUGAAGAAAUCGCUAAAGCCCACAAAAGAGAGGGAUUAUGAUAUGUAUAAUGCAGAGAUGAAAUUGCGUUCCUCACUGACUGAUAUAAAAAAUUCGAUUGAGGCGACUUUAGCAGCUGAUAAACAAAUGGCAAAAGUUAGCAACAUUGACGACCUGCUUCAUAGUAGCCAAAAGGAUUGUGUAAAUCAUACCAAACCAGGUUCUCCUGGGUUGUUUGGCAAAAACAGUCCCAGUGAAGAACCAGCUGACAAUAAGAAAAAUGGUGUAAAUGAAGUCUCUUCUUUCUCAUCUCUGGAUUCUCUAGAAUCUGAGGGGCCGUGCAGCUCCCAUUCAGAGCUUAGCGCAGAGGAAACAUUUGCGUUAAGUGUUCUUGACGCAGCUGUCGAUAAUUCAAGUUCAGAGUCGUUUUAUAACUGUACAAAUAAACCUUUCAAUUCCUACAAUGAGCUCGAGAUGAUGAAAGAAAGAUCUAUGGAUCAUCAUUCGAAAGAUAUUAAGCCUCAGGUAUGUGACUCCCCUGAGAAAAUGGCUGCCACUGAAAAUUCAGUCGAUAUCGAUGAAGCUGUAAGUCAUGUGCCAGAUGGUCCAUCUGUCGCAGCAGCAGCUGCAGCAGCAAUAGACGAACGAAGCGUGGCAAGUGGAAAUACUCUCAGUAGAGACUCCCUAGAUGGGUUUCUAUGUGAUGACAUGAAAAGUCUAAGAAACUUUGUUGCGCAACAGAGUUUGGACCUGAAUGACGCCCAGCAAAUUGUCGAGGAAAACGAGAAGAUAGAAAAAGACGCACUGAAAGUGCACCGAGAAGAGAAACACAGAAGAAACCCCAGUGAAGAAAGCAUUAACUUCACUUUCGAGGAGGUCGACGAUUCUCAGGAUUAUGGCAUCGACCCUCCUGAAAUUUGUGAGAACAUCUCUGAUGAGAAAAAGUCGAAUAAGAAACCCCCGCUGCCGCUGUUCAGUAGAUUUACUCAGAAGGUGUCUGACAAGAACAAAGAGAAUGAAGAGAAGAGUAAAACCAGUCCUUUCAACCCUCGAAAAAUGCUGUUUUUCGGAAACAAAGAUAAGAAAUCGGAGGGGAAAAGUAAGGGAGAUGCUACCAAAACUGAAGGGUGGACAAACGAGGCCAUCGAAGAUUAUAUUCUGAAGAACAGUAGAGAAGAAGCAUUACGCUUGGGUCUUCUAGAUGAGGAGGACCUCGCCAUCCAAGAGGCAAAGGCCAAGAAUCCGAAAGCUUUCAUUAAAAGAGAAGUUCCAGAAGUGAUGGUACAUGAAGUUACCAAGAUAUCAGGGAAUGCCUGCAGGAAGAGGCAAGCUCCUGAGCCUCCUUCCAGAGCCAAAUCACCAUCCUGGAACCCGCAUGAUAUAGAGAAUUAUUUGCUUCAGAACAACAUGGACGAAAACCUGCGGCUUGGUUUGAUAUCCAAAGAAGAUAUUGAAAUAUACGAAUGGAAAAGAGCUACGGCUGGCCCUGCACCAUCGCCAUGCCCUGUGAGCGGACACCGGCCCUAUCCUACCCCUUCCACAGGUAUGUCUCCCAUCUGCGACACCAGCUGGACCAGAGAAACCCUGCGGAAGAACAAGAUCGUCAGGGGCUCGUCCUCAUCCUCCCUGUCGGCCAGUCCAGUGCAGUCGACCCCGUCGUCGCCUCCGCAGGUCCACCCAUCCAGAGUUGCCCAGGACGCGACUACCCCCGAGGUAGCGCAGAUGGGACCAUCGUUGGAGGUUGUGAAGAGGUCCUCCUGUCCUUCGAAGGUAACGAGGAGUCCCCAGAAGGCUAGUCGCAUGGCACCGUGUCCCCCGGCCCGCCCUCCCAAUGCGCCACUUUCGGAAAGAGGCAUCGAUGUCCCGUCCUCGCCUGCUGCUCUAUAUCCUCCUCGACGACGUGCCCGAGCUCCUCCGCCCCCGGGUAUAUCUGCAAUAUCAGCCACUGCGAGUGCCGCCCCAUAUACCCCUGAUCGGAAAUUGCAGUCUGGUCACUUCGCCUUCAGAGGAUUCAAGCUUGGUCAGAAGGUCAACAAAGGCGUGGGCGGUAGUUUGCCCCUCAUCAGCCAAGCCGUUUCGGGACCUGGAAAGGAUGAGACGAGCCAACAAGGAAGCGCAGAGAUCUCGGAGACUCCGUCUGAAGCCAAACCAGAGAGCAAACUGGAGUCCAAGACUGAUGGUAAACAGGACUCGAAGGUCAAGAGACUUGGCCUUGACCGCAUUGGUGUCAAGCUUCCGGGAUUAGGCAAAGACGGUCCUCUGAAUAUAAGUAGAGCUACCACGCCAUCCGACCCUAAAGAUGACGUGGAAACUCCGACGAACAGUGGAGCACCAGAAAUCCCACAGGUCGAGGCUCCCAGUGCCAAGAGGGAGACUCCCUACAGAAAGCUGGCAAGACUUCUGGGCAGAGACAGUCCUGCAUCUUCUCCUCAGACCGAGGUCCCAGCGCACGCCCUCUUCCUGCGCGAGUCUGGCCCCGUAAAGGCUGACGAUUCGACAGACGACGAAAGAAAGGAGGCAUCAGGAAGAAACUAAGUGACAUGAGGUUGCGUCUAGGAUGGCUUCGUAGGAGAGGCGACUCUCAGGUCAGCGUACGCCCUCUUCCAGAGGAAGCCCAGGGAUGGGCUGAGAGCUUCCACAAUCUCAUGGCCUCAAAAUAUGGUCAGGCCCU